GCGAUCGCUAACCACCUCUAACCUGCCGCUCCUUGAUCAGCCGGUUUCCAAAUUGAAAUUCUGACUUUUUCACGGGGGCUGAAGCGGAAAGAUGUCAACGGUCACCCGCCGUACUUGACCGGCGCCUUUUUGGACAUUGUACUCACACUGCCACACACACCCUGCCGCCACUUGCAUGCAAGCCACUCGCUGGCUCCAUCCUCUCUCCUCUUCCUCUUCUCUCUAUAAAGCUCCGUGCUCCGUAGGACACAUCGCCGUUGAGCAAGCUACCGGCAGCGUCAGGGAGUAGCAAGGAGGAGCUCGGUGCAGGCAGCUGCGAUGACUAUGACCGUGGCCAUGCCGUCCUCGGAGGCGUCGUCGUCCCCGUCCAAGAGGGGUCUCCGGGGGCCGCGGCCGCAGCCGCUGAAGGUGACGGCGUCGUCGUCGUCCAAGCCGGCGUCCAGCUCCAAGAAGCCGGUGAUCGUGUACGAGCACACGCCCAAGGUCGUCCACGCCAGGCCGCAGGAGUUCAUGACCGUCGUGCAGCGGCUCACCGGCAAGCCCGCGCCCGCCACGUCGUCGUCCUUGCCGCCGCCGUACGUGCCAGGCUUCUCGCCGCCGCCGGCGGCCGAGGAGGGCGGCGACCCGCUGCUGCUCACGCUCGGGCAGCGCGAGGCCGCGCCUGCGCCAGCACCGACGCUGCCGUCCCCCAUGGCGGCCGAGCUGCUGCUGUCCCCGGGCUUCAUCUUCUCCCCCAACACCAUGCAGGCCAUCCAGGAGCUCAGCCCCUUGUUCUAAUCACAAGUUAUUGCAUAGAGUGCAUCAUAAUUUUUACCUUUUCUUUUUGGCGCUGUUCGUGCAAAAUUUCCACACAGGGGCAAAUUUCACACGCACAGCGGCUUGCUUGCUUGUAUUUGCUUUUCAUGAUUUUACGCAGAAAUGGGCAAAGUCACCUGUAAAUUUCGUCUUUCAUGGGAGUUUCAGCUUCCUGAUAUCCUGACUAGUUCAAACAUGUCAGGCCAGUAGAUAGGAAGAUGUAUGCUACUAGUACAGAAGUUGUUCUGAUCCUGAAUUCAUUUAGGUUUGAUUCUUCUUCCCAAAGUCCAAAUGCUUCUGCUUUGGCAUGACAGGAGGAAAAUGACUUGCCCUCUCGAAAAAUCUUCAGCGUAAGCAUCAGCAUCGUGUAUCAA